CUCAUAUUUCACAUUAUAUCACAUCAAGUGAUAGUAUUAGUCAGUCUGUGUUAUUAAAUUUAGACCGCAUAAAUUACGAGUAUAGUGAAUAACAGUGUAGAUUCAAAAUGAAGUUGUUAAGUUUUUUGUGUCUAAGUAUUGCACUUCUGGGCAUCAGCAAUGGAUCAAAAAUUCUGGGUAUAUUUCCAUUUCCCAGCAAAAGCCACUAUAUCAUUGGAGAAGCAUUAUUGAGGGGCCUAGCUGAAAGAGGACAUGAUGUGACAAUGAUCAGCCCAUUUACUCUGGACAAACCCAUAAAGAACUACCAAGAUGUAGUUAUAGAUGGAAUGUUGGAAUUGAAAGAAGCAAGUAGUCCAAUGUUUUCAAAUAUAAACUUAUCUUUUAUGGAGAGAAUGAACAUGAUGAUGAACAUGUUUCCGGAAAUCUACAGAAUCGGUCACAACAGUACAAAUGUUCGAAAAUUUGUUGAAAAGGGUGAGAAAUAUGACCUGUGCAUUGUGUCUUUUAUGAUGAUGGAAUCAAUGUAUGGAAUUUGCCAUGCUGUACAAGCUCCUAGCAUUGCAUUGAGUCUUGUGGGAAUGACGCCAUUUCUUGGCUAUCACACCAAUAAUCCCACGCCAUAUUCAUAUGUGUCAAGUGCAUUUUUGGAUUCUGGUGACCAAAUGAAUUUCUUUGAUCGAGUCAAGAACGUACUCUCUUCAUACUUUUUUGAUGGCCUGAUGCAUUUCUUUUUAAUGCCGUAUCAACAAAAAUUGUUAGAUCGAUAUUAUCCAAAUGCUCCCAAGAUUGAAGAACUCAUGGAAAAUGUAGAUCUUUAUUUGAUGAAUGCCCAUACAUCCACUGAUUCUCCUAAACCUUUGCUGCCCAAUAUUAUACCUAUUGGAGGAUUCCAUCUGGAAAUUAUGGACAAAAUUCCAGAGGAUAUUCAAAAGUUUUUGGACAAGUCCAAAAGAGGUGUUGUUUACUUCAGUUUGGGCAGCAAUGUCAAGAGCUCAGAAUUAGAUCCGGAAGUACAAAAAACUUUACUAAACACUUUCGCUAAGUUGGAUUAUGACGUUCUCUAUAAAUUUGAGAAAGAUCUUCCAAACAAACCUAAAAACGUGCAUACUGCUAAAUGGCUACCACAACGACCAAUUUUGCGACAUCCCAAUAUUAAAAUGUUUAUUACUCAUGGAGGACUUGGCGGAACAGUAGAAGCAAUUUAUGGUGGAAUUCCAAUGAUCUGCAUGCCUAUAUUUGGAGACCAGGCUAAAAACUGUGCUGAGAGCACCCAGAAAGGUUAUGCACUAACUCUGGCACUAGCGGAAGUAACUGAGGAAAAGCUUACAAAUGCUAUAAAUGAGAUUGCUAACAAUCCGACAUACAAGCAACAAAUAAUGUUAAAAUCGGACCUGUACCGAAAUCAAGAAGUCAAUCCAAUGGACAAAGCAGCGUUUUGGGUGGAACACGUUAUUAGACAUAAAGGUGCAAAACAUUUGAAAUCGAGAGCUAGCAGUAUUCCUUGGUAUCAGUAUUAUUUGUUGGAUGUAAUUAGUUUUCUCUCUGCCAUCCUUCUUCUUGUUCUUGGAAUUGCGUACUUUAUUAUAAAACUUAACUUGAAAGCUCUUUGCUGGGUGAUAAGGAAAGUGUGUGGCAAAGGCAAAUGUAAGAAACCUGAAAAGAAGCAAACUGCUAAGAAACAAAAAGAUAAGAAACAAUAAAAUACUUUUAUUAUUGUACAUACUUAUACAUGCAUUAUUAAAAAUACAUUGUUAUCAAUAUUA